AUGUCCUGCUACAACCAGUGCCAGCCCUGCCAGCCCUGUGGCCCAACCCCGCUGGCCAACAGCUGCAAUGAGCCCUGCGUCAGGCAGUGCCAGAACUCCAUAGUCGUCAUUGAGCCCUCCCCCGUGGUGGUGACCCUGCCCGGCCCCAUCCUCAGCUCCUUCCCACAGAACACCGUUGUGGGCUCCUCCACCUCCGCUGCUGUUGGCAGCAUCCUCAGCCGUGACGGAGUGCCCAUCAACUCUGGGUGCUGUGACCUCUCCUGCAUCAAGCGCUACUGCGGCAACAGGUGUCAACCCUGCUAA